AUGCCUAAUUUUCUUAGUAAAUUAACAAGUUGUAUUUAUCGACAACAUUCUACAAGGAAUGUAAAACGAAUAAUUCCAUUACCAACAAAAUACUUUUUUAAAUUAAGUCGAUUUGAAUUAAUGCCUGAUGAAUUAAUUAUUGAAAUCUUUCAAUAUAUUUCCUUAAUGGAUUUAUUUAAUGGUUUUGUUAAUCUUAAUUUUCGAUUAAAUUUUAUUUUACGUUAUGUUCGUCUAGGUGUUUUUCUUCAUCAAAAUGAAGAUACAAAUAAAUGUUUACUAAAUGCUUUGUAUUAUUUUUCUAAGCAAAUAAUAUAUAUUCAUGUUGAUUAUUAUCCAUUAUUGAAUUUAAAAUAUUUUCUAAACCUUCGUUCAUUAACAAUUUAUCUUCCAACCAGAAAUCAAUUAUUAUCAAUAAAUUCUCCUAUUAUGCCUAAUCUUUCUCGUUUAUGGCUUGGAAUAAUUAAUCGAAAAGAUCAAAAAAUUAUUUUUAAUAUUCUUUUUGGAAAUGAACAAUUUUUUAAACUUAAUUUUUGUAAUUUAUUUGAAAUUAAUUUAUAUGAUAACAUUUAUCCACUUAAAUCCUGUAUAAAUAUUCGAACAUUAUUAAUAACAAAUUGUACAACAAAAGAUUUUGUUCUACUUCUUUCAUUAUUACCUAAUCUUUAUCAAUUAGAAAUUUGUAUUUCAGAUGUUUUAUCACCAACAUCUCAUAAUUUAACAAAUUAUUAUCAUGAAAAAUUACGAAUAUUAAAAGUUGAGUUUUCACAAAAAGUUUCUCAAUUAAAUAUUCUUAAUUGUCUUGUAUCAUUUGUACCUUAUGUUCAACGAUGUACUUUACUUCUUGAUAAUUUAUUUAAAAUUCGAGAUUAUGCUCAUCUACAAAAUAUUCUUAUUGAGAAAUUCGUAGAAUUAAGAGAAUUUAUUUGUUCAAUUGAUUAUUAUUGUCAAUUAUCAAGUAAUGAAAUGAUUCCAAAAUUUGAUCGAUUAAGAAUAAAACUUCCAUUUUUUCAAACAAUGAGAGUUAUACCUUGUGUAAAACAUCAUGAGAAAUGUGCUAGAAGAACAUGGAUGAACAAAACACUUAUUCCGAUUUUUUAA